AUGAACGGUGGCUUGUGCCUCUGCGUGCUGAUGGCUGUCCUGGCGGCGGGCGCCCUGGCGCAGCCCGUGCCUCCCGCGGACCCCGCGGGCCCCUGGGCGCAGCAGGAGGACGAGGCCCCGCGGAGGCAGCUGAGGGCCGUGCGGAGAGUGGACGACGAGUCCCGAGCGCACCUGGGCGCGCUGCUGGCCAGGUACAUCCAGCAGUCUCGGAAAGCUCCUGCUGGCCGAAUGUCUGUAAUCAAGAACCUGCAGAGCCUGGACCCCAGCCACAGGAUAAGUGACCGGGACUACAUGGGCUGGAUGGAUUUCGGCCGGCGCAGUGCCGAGGAGUAUGAAUACACCUCCUAGAAGACCCAGCCUUCGUCAGCACAACAGGAAGCAAACUCCUGACUCAGAGGAGGCAGAAUAAGAA